AAAAUCAAUAUAAUCCGGGUUACCAGCCAGCUCCCAGAGCCGGAACACGAAACGGUUAGCGAACAGCGGUACAGAAAGCCAGUGGACAUGCAAUCUACACCGGAAAAGGCGAAAUCAAUCUUCGAAUUCACCACCACCGAUCUGAACGGCAACGAGACCUCGCUCGAGCGCUUCCAGGGCACGGUCUGCCUGAUCGUGAACUUCUCCACCAAGGAUGCCACGUUCGACAAGGUGUUGGCUCUUCUCACGCCACUGUACCGAAAGUAUCACAACGAUUCUCGAAAAGACCUAAACAUCCUCUUCUUCCCAUGCUUCCAGUUCGGGGCCAAAGAGUCGCCGGCCGAGAUUGUGGCGCGAUUCGAAGGCGCCGGCGACCAACCGAUCGGUGAGAUCUUCACCGAGAUUGAGGUAAACGGCUCGAAGGCACCCGGACUGUACAGGUAUCUGAAGGCGAAAAAGCCGGGCAAUUGUGGUGGGUUCGUGAACAGUAACUUCACCAUCUUUCUCACCGAUCGCAAUGGCGUGCCGGUCGAAAGGUUAAAUGCUGGAAUUCAUCCUUACAUGCUCGAGGAUUUGGUUGAGGCUUUGCUGCACUGACCCCAUUACCCGGGGGUUCUGACAUGCGUAUUGUCGUCGUGUAACGUUGUACAAAGUUGUACAACGCUUCCAACACUAUCGAAUGUUUCGAAUAAAAUAACACGUUGUUUA